AUGUCUUCCCUGUAUGGAAGUGACCAAAGUCGGGAAUCAAGCCCCGAACCCCAACUUCCAAACGACGAUCGAACAAACGCCCCGAUCAACGCCGAUGGUCCAAUCAUCGCCGAUGACUUUACUGAUGAAAGUAGCGAGUUUGACAGCGAUUCCGAUAUGACCUCUCUUUCUUCCAGCGUUCUGGAUUAUGAAUAUGAAAAUGGUCGGCGGAUGCCAAACGAUGAAGAGGAACAAGAUCGAAUGGAUCUGCUAUCAAGAUGGCUAUUGUUGAUGAAGGGAGAGUUACACAAAGCUCCAGUCAAGAAUCCCCAGAGCAUCCUCGACCUUGGAACAGGAACUGGCAUAUGGGCUCUUGAUAUUGCCGAGAAAUUCCCCGGCGCCAAGGUCAUCGGAAACGACAUCAGCGCCAUCCAACCAAACUGGGUCGCCCCGAACGUGGAGUUCAUCGUCGAAGACUUCGAAAGCGAAUGGUUCUACAAAAAAAACAGCUUCGACUUUAUCCACGCACGCCUACUAGCCGGAUGCGUAGAAAACUGGUCGCAGUUCUUCGCGCGAGUAUUCGACCAUUUAAAACCAGGCGGCUACUUCGAGAUACAAGAAAGCGCCGUCUGGGCCUGGAGCGACGACGGCACACUAAAGGCCGACUCGCCGUUCAUCCAGUACCUGCAAGCCGUCAAUGCAGCGGGACAGAGAAUGGGACGGGAGCUUAACAUCUAUCAUAAGCUGAAAGAAUGGAUGAUUGAUGCGGGCUUUGAAGACGUGCAGCAGUUUACGUAUCUGCUGCCAUCAUCGCCUUGGCCGCGCGAUCCUUAUCUCAAGGAGAUUGGGAAGUACCAGGCUGUUAUGGCCCAGCAGGCUGUGGAGUCUUAUGGGUUGAGGCUUUUUACGCAGGUUCUUGGUUGGGGUGCGGAGCCUUCGCGUAUCUUUCAGGCUACGGUUAAGAAGCAGUUGAGAGAUAAGUUCAUGCAUGCUUAUAUUAAAGAGUCAGUUCCUGAGGGUGUUUUUCUUGGGGGUGAGAUGGUGGAACUGACGUUCGGCAGGGUUGUUGUAUAUGGAAGGAAGCCUGUCAGACAACAUUGA